UCAAAGCAUGGAUGAAAGUGCUACAUACCCCCAAAAAGGAGAAGAAAAUAAAAGUUCUACAACUGAUUUAUCUACUAAAGGUAACAUCUUGACAAAUAAUCAAGACGCUUCUUUAACUGAUAUGGCUGAUAUUGACCUUCUCAUGAUUGGGAAAACUGGAAAUGGCAAGAGUGCAUUAGGGAAUGCAAUUUUAAGACGCAGAGCUUUUAACUGUACAUGUUCCAAUUCUACUAUAACCAAAAAGAUCGCUUUUGAAUUUUGUGAAUUUAACGGACUUGUCAUCAAGGUUGUUGAUAGUCCUCCUCCUUAUGAUGUUGGAAUGGAUUAUAAGAGAGCUACAAAACAUUUCAUAAAAGCCAUGCAGUACGCACUAACUGCCAACCCAAGGGGAUAUCAUGCGUUUCUGCUUGUCAUUAAAUUUGGACAAAGAUUCACUGCAGAUGAUCAAGAUACAAUCGCUGUUUUAAAGAAAACUUUUGGAGAAAGUUUCGUUAAGAAUUAUUGUAUAUUAGUUAUGACCAAUGGUGACCUUUAUGAAAUUGAUAGUGAAGAAACAGGUUUAACCUUUCAGGAAUGGUGUGCUAUGCAAAUUGGUUUUCUUUCCGAACUUUUUAAUGAAUGUGAUGGAAGAAUUGUUCUUUUUAAUAAUAAUUCAAAAGACGAGUUUAAACAAAUUGACCAACUGACUAAGCUUAUAGAAAUAGUUAACAACUUAAUUUCACGUGGCAAUCGCUACAAAGAUGCGAAUUUUUCUCAGGCACAAUGCUCCCGGGAGAAAUUGAUGGUUCAAGCUAAAAUACCAUUUUUAAAAGAAACAUUCUUGAAAGAAACGUGUCUAAUUUCAAACGCACUGCAUAAUAUUGAUUGCACUGUUGACCACAAUGCAAAAAUGGAUAAACUAAAUGAGAUUUUGAACAAAGUUAAACUUUUGUUUAAUAAAAUCUCUGAAGAAGACAAAGGGACUGGAGCUCUUCAUGAAAUGAUAAAUGAUAUACGUGAAAUGAAUAAUUUAAUUCAAGAUAAAAUAAAACAUUCACAAGGUGUAUUAGAGAAAGAACACAAAAAUUGAAAUGGGAAGAAACACAAAAAAGGGACAGGGAAUCAGAAUUAAAGAGGAAAGAACAAGAAAAAGAAGAGCUCAGAGAACAACAGAAGAAUUAAAUAAAAGAAAAGAAGAAGAAGACUUGCGGAUGAAAAGAGAAGAGAAAGAGAGGAGGAUUAUAAGAAAACAUGAAGAGAAAGAGCGGAUGUUAAAAAUAAAGAAAGAGGAGGAGGAUAGCAGUAAACAAAGAGAGCAAGAAGAUAGAAAAAGGGCAGAAGAAAAUUUCCAAAGGAUAAGAGAGGAAGAAAAGAGAAUCCAACAACUACAAUUAGAUGAAAAGAAAAGAACAGAAGCAAUGGAGAUACUGAGAAAAGAGCAAGAAGAGAUGGAGAAAAGAAAGAAAGAGGAAUAGAAAGCUAUGAUAAUCAAAAGGGAAAAAGAAGAUGAAAAGCGCAGACUACAAUUUCUUCGAGAAGAUGAAUAAAGGAGGAGACAAAUAGCAGAGGAGGAUAGGCGACUUGAGAUCAAAAGAUUAGAUGAAAUGAAAAGGAGGAAAUAAGAGGAGAAGAAAAGGGUGCAGGAGGAAAGAAGCAAAAAAGGAUUCGUUAGAGAUAAAAAGGAAAAAAGAAGAAGAAGAAGAAGAGGAAGCUAGAAGAAUAAGAAUCUAAGAAUCGUGAAAAGAACAUUGUGACCGUUAAAUGUUUUUUCUUAGUGACCAGAUUAUUAAGAAGAUUGAUUAUUUUUUUGGUAAAUUCCUUAGAAAUUUCACAUUACAAUAUAGACUUCAAAGUAUACAGGUUUUCAUUAUUAUUUUAAUGGUCGUUUAUGGUAAUUCUAUAAUUGCUUAGACCCCUUCCUGUGUAAACUUAUUUGAUUAUCUUAUAAAUUUUGGCAAAAGAUUUCUUUACUGAUGCAGAAACGUAAAUAAUUAUUUACCACAUUACCACCAACGUAACGAAGUGGAAAAUUUGUUUCUGUUUUGAGUGUUACCAAAGUAGUUUUUCGAAAAUUAUUAAAUUAUUUAUUAUUAUAUUUGUAUUCAUUUAAUUAAAAUAGUUAUUACAUUUUAAAAAGUAAUUAUUAUUUAAAUUUGAUGAAAUACAGAAAGUUUUAAAUUUGAAUGUUUACUUAUUUUUUUUCCCCAUAAUACUUUUAGAAUUUAGAUGUACUUAUAAUAUCUUUACUCAUUAGAAAAUAAA